AUGCAAUACCUGUCCGUCUUGUACACUGCUGCGCUCUUGUAUAGAGCAUCCGCGCACGAUAUCCAUGAACGCAAUCUUCCGCCCCUAGUGGCAGUCAACGAUGAAUCGUACACCAAAUGUGCAAACGCGGCAUGGCCUCCCUCGGACGUCGGGACUGAGCUCGUCCCGCAAGCACCGGAUGCGGAAAUGCGAUCCAUGUUGAAUCAAGUGAGCGCUGCGAAUAUCGAAGCUACUAUCAAGAAGCUCGUCUCUUUUGGAACCCGCCACACGCUCGCCACGUACAACAGCUCAACACGUGGUGUCAAUGCUGCGAGGGACUGGAUUGCCUCUGGAAUGCAAAAGUAUGCUGACGAGAGUAACGGUACCAUGACGGUCCAGGUGCAAAGUUACCUUCAAGGCGUGGCCACCAGGAUCCCGUUCCCAGUGACCAUUUCGAAUGUUUUAGCAACCGUCAAAGGAAGUGAGGAUCCAAGUAGAGUCUAUGUCAUGACUGGCCACUAUGACAGCCGGGUCACAGACGUUCUCAACUACGAAGCCGACUCGCCAGGUGCCAAUGACGACGCCAGUGGAACAGCUAUCGCCAUGGAGAUGGCUCGUAUACUCUCCAAGCAUCAGCCCGAAUCUACCAUUAUUCUCGGGGCUGUCUCUGGCGAGGAACAAGGCCUCUAUGGCUCUACUCACUUUGCCAACACGCUGAAGAAUGCUAGCACAAAUGUCGAGGGUAUGCUAAACUGCGAUAUUGUUGGCUCUUCAACUGGCGACCGUGGUCAAAAGGACCCUUAUACCGUUCGCGCUUUUGCCGAGGGAAUAUCACUCACAGGCCAGAGCUAUCUUACUCCUACUCUGCGCCUUCAGAUGGGCGGCGAAAACGACACCCCUGCGCGAGAGCUGGCCCGGUUCUCGGCCGAAGUUGCUGCCAACGAUGCCACCGGUAUGAACAUUGCCAUUAUCUAUCGACUGGAUCGCUUCCUCCGCGGUGGUGACCACACCGGAUUCCUUCGCGCUGGAUAUCCUGCAAUUCGCUACACCGAGCCCAACGAGAAUUUUGCUCACCAACAUGAGGAUGUGCGCACAGAAAAUGGCACUGUUUAUGGGGAUCGGAUUGAAUUUGUUGAUUUUGAGUAUACGGCACGUGUUGGCAAAGUCAAUCUUGCAACUCUCUGGUCGCUCUCGCAAGCUCCUGGAAUGCCGCGCAACGUCACCAUAGACACGGUCAUAUUUGAUAACAACUCGCGAAUUCAAUGGAUUGCAUCCGACAGCCCCGAUGUGGCAAGCUAUGAGGUUGUUUGGCGACCAACUACAGCUAGCUUGUGGACCCACGCCGUUGAUGUAGGUAAGGCAGGAAAUGCAAUUCUUCCCCUCACCAAAGACAAUGUCAUAUUUGGUGUUAGGGCAGUCGGCAAAAAUGGCUACAAGAGCCCUGUUGUGUAUCCAAGUCUGGCUUGA